AUGAAUAGUUUAUAUAAAAUAUAUUUAAGAUACCAAGCUCUCAUACGUGCCUUUAAAUCUACUAAAUUAUAUUCUUAGAUAUGCCUAAUUUAAAGCAGAAUAAGAAGACUAAAAGCUCAACAGAGUUUUGAGUUGAGCAGAAUUUUAUGGCAAUACAUUUUAUCAAAAUUAUUCUUAUUGUGGAUUACCUACUAGAAGUGAAGAAAAUAUUAACAUUAUUAACACUAUUAUAUAAGAUUUAAUGAUGAUAAAGAGAGAAUAAUUAAUGAUUUAGCAUUUUAUGAUCGCCUUUAUAUUCAACAGAACAAUCAUCUACAGAAAAAUAAGUAGAAUAAUUGCAAGUUCUAUAUUUUCAUAAUCAGUUUUUACAAAGAAAGCUUAGUUUUUUCAGGAGUUAGAGGAUAGGAUUAAUAAAAAAAGAAGAUGAUAUUAGAAUUUUAAUACUAGGAAAAAUUAGAGAAGAAUAAUAGAAUAUAACUUAACUAGAAUAAAAAAUUUUAGUCGAAAUUCUAAGGUAUUUUCUAAAAUAGCUGAUAAUUCUGAAUUU